ACGCGGAUUGCAUUUUGCCGCAAAAGCGACGACGCACACGCGAACUGGCUGAAAAUUGCGGAGCGUUAUAUAAAGUGAGCGAAUCCGAGCUGUGGCGAAGCAAAAAUUGAGUGAGCGCGCGCGCGUUUGCAGUGUGCAAUGAACGGCGGUUAAUAAUACGCCUUCAGGUAAAACGCGAUCACUGUCAGUCGCCGUCGGUCGCUAUCGGAGGGAAGAGGGUUCGUGUACUCGCCGAUAGAACAUCCCGUGCGAUUCGAGGUGAUCUGUCUGAAGGACGACGAAUCAGCCGGGGUUUAUGACCAAACUGUCAUUCGCGAAAGUGCUGAGGAUCAGGGCACAGUGCGUAGAGAUAGACGGACGGAUGGUCUUCCCUUGAGAUCGUACAGCGCACAUUGUGCGUACACUCAUUCGUUCGUCACGCGCGCGUGACACCGUCGUGAGGCUGACGGCUUGGCGAGAUAGUAGCGAGGGUUGCCAGACGUGCAGCGUGGUGAUUCAGUGUCCGGUGUGUCUCCGUUGAUCUGUGCGCUCGCGGCGACGAGAGGAGACUGUCAAUCGUCCACUGAACUCGGUCGUCCGAGCGUAGUCGGUUGGUUUGUACACACCGACUAUUCUCGCAAGUUUCUUCGCAAGACGGCGGGAUGUCCAACGGUCGGAGCGAGGUCGAUCCUUUCAGCGAGACACUCAUGGAGCUUGAAUCUUGCGGAGGCAAUGAUCAAGCAGUCAUAGAUGAAAGUCCAAAGAACGAUUUGGAGACUAGUGCCGUGGGUGAAGCUAUUUAUGCAGAACCUUUGACCCCAGAAGAAAUACGAUGGUUUUACAAGAAUGGCGUUGAGAAAAGAUGGGUGGACUUUUGUGGAUACGACAGUUUGAGGAUCGAAAAGAUUUAUCAGGAUCGUCAGGAAUUACUUAACAAAAGUGAAGAAUGGGAAAUUAUGAGAGGUACAUGGUACUACGAUGGCAGCUGGAUACCACUAGAAACAGAACAUUCUAAAGUAAUAGAGGAAGUCCAUCUUAAUCUAUUCCAAAAAGAAAGCAACAAUCAAAGUAGUUCCAAGUGUGAUACAAAUAAUCAGUCCUACAAAGUAUUACAUACCGAACAAUUCUCCGAGUUUCACGUCGAUUGGCAUACAAUUAACGAUGUGACAUUAUAUAGCGAAUAUACACCUACUAAACUGAUGCGCAGUGUCACAUCAAAGCUAGGUUUUACUAAAACGACUGGUUAUCGAUUAAAAAGAGGCUAUAAAACACGCGCUAAUAUAGAAAGUAAGCCUCGUGAUAUUGAUCAUUUAGUAUUUGUCGUUCACGGAAUAGGACAAAAACGAGACACGGGAAAAAUUAUACGUAACACUACAUGUUUCAGAGACUGCGUGGAUUGGCUCAAGCAGAAGUAUUUUCCCAAUUCAAAGCACAGAGUGGAAUUUUUUGCGGUUGAGUGGCGGUCGUCAUUGAAGUUGGACGGAGAUAUAGUAGACGCGAUCACGCCCUAUAGUGUAUUGAGUAUACGUCACUUGCUAAACGCAUCAGCGAUGGAUAUUCUGUACUACACGAGUCCUUUGUAUGGCGCUGAGGUCAGAGCGGGCUUGCAAAAAGAACUGAAUAGAUUAUAUUUUAUGUUCGCGAGUCGACAUCCCGGCUGGCAAGGAAAAGUGUCGAUCUUGGCGCACUCGCUGGGAUGUGUGAUUGUAUAUGACAUAGUUACUGGCUGGGUGGGACCUGACACACAGCUCCCGUCCCCGACACAAGAAGUUUUACUGCAAGGAUUACAAUUUCCCAUUGAGAAUUUGUUUUGUCUGGGCUCGCCGCUGUCCGUGUUUCUGGCAUUGCGCACUCGUACCCCAUCAAAUAGGCUAGACGUGAUGCCGCAGAGUUUGUGCAAGAGAUUUUACAACAUAUUUCACUGGUCCGAUCCGGUGGCUUAUCGGAUGGAACCGCUUUUAGAAAGAGGCUACAGUAAAAUUGAGCCAGUUCUCAUACCUCCGUACGGAGGUGUCGACGGGCAGCAGAUGGAGCAGUCGCCUUCGUCAUUAAAUAACGGAGAUCCGGUUCUACCGCCUACAGAAACUGAUGAUAAGGACGACAGUCCAGUGGAUACGCCCAAUCGGAGCGCGGAGAAGGGUUGGAGUCUUUGGGACUUGGUUCGAGGCGGUUGGAAUGCCAGAGAGGGUCCGUCUUCGCCGACACCAGAUUCGAACCCACCAAUCCGUCCAGGGCAAGAGUUAGCGCAGCGACUUGACUAUGUGCUGCGCGCUGUUGGGUUAGGAAGGAAUUAUUUGUACACAGUAACAGCUCACACGGCAUACUGGAAUAAUUACGACGUAGCCUAUUUCGUAUUAACAAGACUUUUCCCGACGUUAGAAACGUGAUGGCGGUUUAAACAUUUUGAUCCGGACUGCCGGUGGAUUCUGAUAAAAUGUUCUAGUCCAUUGUAGGCUUGCCGCGGACGUGAUAUGUAGCAAAUGGGCCUACCACCAAAACAAUCUGUGAUAACGGUAAAACGAUACAAUAAUGUUGCAAAUUCUACGGAAACCGAUCAUUUUAUAUCGCUCGCAUAAUUUAGUAUCGCUUCGAUCGAGUUACACGAGACGAAGGAACUUUGUCUUUUGUCUCGUAUUUUGGAAAAUAACUUGUUUGUACUGAACAAUUCAGGUAAUCGACAAUUUGUACGUAGCAUAAUAAUAGAUUGUGUAUCAUAGGAACAUGUACGAAAGAAAUAAGUUUCGCGCCUUGUGUUAACUUCCUGAUAAAUAUAGUUUAUGCGAAAGAUUUAAGUACGGCACUCUUUAUAAUCGCUAUACUUGUUAUCGACACAAUCUGGUUGUUUUCAGAUAGUUUAUCGGCGACUAAUGUAUUCCCGUUGAUUGCCUUUGUUGUACAUUGUCAUGUGUAAAUAAGCAGCAUAUUUUAAGAUCAAUAUCUAAUAUCAAAUAUAUUAUUAAUCUUGAGGUAACGCGCGCUAAGAUGAUGCUUACAAAUUUUUCUUGUGUGUGUGUAUAUAUAUAUAUAUGUAUAUAUAUAUAUAUACAUGUAUAUUCAAGUCGUUACUCUCAAGUUAUGAAUACUUUUUGAAGUAUUCGUCAGUAAUACAGAAACAUAAAACACCAGUCUCUAAAACUUAGGAUUUGUAAAUAAUAUAUGACUUAUUAUAAGACACAGUACGUGCUACUUACAAAGCAUAACAUGAUUUUAUAACUGAUUUUAUAUUUCUAAUUUGAUAAUGAAUUCCUAUUACAAUACAAUAAUUGUUUCAUACUACUUUAAUUUGUUUAAGUAUAGAGCAUUUUUAUUAAUUCAAAUGAUUGGAAUUGAAAAUCUUUGGACAUGUUAAUACUGGUUUUUCUCCUUUUCUGUAAAAAGAUUUUACAGAAAUAAAGUUUGUUAAUCCGAUCAGGUAUGUUGGAAGUGAUUGACAUCGUAUAAAUGUUGUACAAGGAUUGUUUAAUGAGGAAAACAAUUAUUACGUAUUAAAAAUUUUGUUUUAUAACGAGAAUUAUCCUGCAUAUAUUAAUCAUUUAAAUAGGAUAACAUGGACCAUACAAUUAGUUUGAAAGACGAAUUUUUUUUAUGUUUGUUAUUUAUGUUAGAAGACUUAGACGUAGGAGAUUUUGUGUCAUCUACACUUUUGGCAAAUAACGAUAUUUUUAUUUAUACUGUUUGUUGCCAAUCUAUUUAAUUAUUGUAUACGUUUUAUUAUUUUAAGCAGAACAUAAUUCUUGUUUUUGUUACGUUAUAAACGUAACAAAACGUUACGUUAUUUGAAUACUGAUGUUUAUUAAUGCCAAAAUGCAGUAUUAUUGCUUAAUAUAACACACACAUAUACAUACACACACACACACAUAUAUAUAUAUAUAUAUCUGAAAUUCGUCCGUGUAUAAAGAAAAAGACACUAGUUUUUCAAAGGCGGAUCGAACAAUUUAUCAACGGCGCAAAACAAAUUAUUCAAUAGUGCGACAAUAAUAAAGAAAUUUAUUACAUGAAGUUUUAUUAGGAGAUAUAGAAAAAUAUCAAAUUUUUUAUAUAAUGCGACACAUCAAUAUUAAUAGGUUUAUGGGAACAUCGAUAAAAAUACUUUUUCUUAAUAUAAAGAACAAUGUGGUACCUAUAUCAUUAUCAUGUGAUCAAAAAUCUGUUCUUACGAGAUUUAAGAAAUGCCUAUGAUAGUAGCAACAAAGACUUACGGUAUAAAACAAGCAAUCUGCCAUGGAAUAUAAUAUUGUUGCUUGUUUGAGAGAAUAAGCUUUGUUUCUAUUCAUCUUUGUAUCAGCGAUUAAUCAUAUAAAAUUCAUAAGGUUUCUCUGAACGUAAUCGAAUAUCCUUUCAGUCGCUAAAUUAUUUGUAAAAUAGAUUUGUAAAAGAGUACGAGAUACACAUUGUGUGUCUAGGACACGCACACACUCUCUCUCUCUCUCUCUCUCUCUCUCUCUCUCUCUCUUU